CAUACUUUGUUUUUGAAGUAUUAUGUUCUAAAGAUUUGUUUCACUCUCAGGGUUACAGGACCGGCUACACUUACCGGCACCCCAUUGUGCGGGAGAAGCCGCGGCACAAGAGUGAAGUUGAGAUCCCUGCCACGGUCACGGCAUUCAUGUUCGAUGACGACGAAGCUCCACGUUUUCCUCUUAAGCUCCUGCAGCAGAGACAGCAGAGAGAGAAGACUCGCUGGCUCAAUUCACCCAACUGCUACAUGAAGGUGAAUGUGUCAGACAGGAUGAACGAGGAGAAUGGACGCACCAGGACCAUGUGGAUGAAGUCCGAUGAUGGUGGAAGCACCAGCGGGACUCCGAUCCGAAUCGAAGAUCCCAACCAGUUUGUUCCUCUGAACACAAACCCCAAUGAAGUCCUAGAGAAGAGAAAUAAGAUUCGUGAACAGAACCGGUUCGACAUGAUGACAGCCGGGCCACAGUCUCAACGUCUGGCAGGGAUUGUGGUGGAGAGACCACCAGGACAGUCACCGGUCCAGGUAAAAUCCCAGGAAGUUUUGUUUGUUGCCGUUCUCAUUUUUAAAAUGUGUGCAUGACUCACAUCGGAAUCUUGUAGUUUUGGAUUUGCAGUGUUCUCAUUUCUUAUUUUUAUGUUUUAGGAUUUUUUGGGGGUUGGGGGUAACAUUUUCUAUGAAGCCUGUAUU